CUCUCAUAGAGUGGCUCACCAGUCGGCAGCCCAGCAGCAGCAGCAGCAGCAGGCAGUCCAGCAAAAUAUAUAUAUAGGAGAGGCGACGUGCAUCCUCCCCGACGCGACAUCCUCCGACUGCACCUCUAGGCCGAGGAGUCCUAGAGCAGCUGCAGCAGCCCGUCUAGCCGUCGAAGAGACAACAGCAGCAGCAGCCAGUUAUCUCGAUACGACUCUGUGAUACCACUAAAAAAAAAAAAAAACUCGGUGCGGUUGCCCGUCUGUCUGUGCGUACUCGUGGAAAAAAGUGUUGUGUCAAGUUCUAGACGACGCGCUGUGCUCUUCCGAAAUCUUCCUCUCUCGUGCAUUCGAACGACCGAAUGAUCAACCAGUGAAAACAUUAUACACACUACGAGUGUGCCGUGAUUAUCGUCACCUUACUGUGCGUUAAGCACCACAACAAAUCCACGCGUCCGCGAGUGUUUUUUCUGUGUUGUUGUAUACGCGUGCUUCGAAUCCAAGCAUCAUAGUCGUCGUCGUCGCAAUUACGAGACGGUGCAGCAUUUAUUAUUGAAGCCUCCCGAGCAGCAUCGGACGAGCUUCGUGUUCGGUCGACGACGUUUCAAAUUCAUUGCCAUUGAGAAUCACUGUGUUGCUCUUCUCGGCGUUAACCUAGCUACCUUCUUUAUCAAGAUUGGCAAAGUAAAUAUUGCGGGGCACGCGCGUCGCUCUCCGUACAGUUUUCUGCCUCUCUCUCUCUCUCUUCUGUGUGUGUGCGUGAACACUCGUACCAAUACUCAUACACGCUCGACAGCAGCAGCAGCAAUAACGCGUCCGGCUACAGCCGACUCUUCCGCACGCUUUUCAUGACUGAAAGUCGCUGAAUACCCUCCUCGCGUCGAGAGGCUGUGGACCGGCCGACGAUGUCUCGUUGUUGAGGCCUGCAGUGCAGCACCAGGAAGACUCCGCUACACAUACUGAUUCAUCAACCGAAGCCGUGUUUCGCGCGUUCGAACGUGCGUGUGUGUGUGCGUGUGCUUGUGUAAAUACAGAAGAAUAAUAUCGUACGGUGCAUCAGCGUGUUGGCGUCUCCUCGCGUAUUUUUUUCCGCCGAGAAAAAUAUGCCACCGAGCGGGCCCUGCCGAGAACAUUUGUGUAUUCUCAGAGACUCCUAUCUUGCUCAUCACUCGAGACUAUUUCUAACUUGAGCCUCGUUGUACAUGUAUACGCUCCCGUGUAAUAUGUAAAUUAUCUCCUUAUCGUACCGAUCUAAGCGUACCAAGAGCUGUAUAUAUAUAUAUAUAAAGAAAAGUUAUAUACUUGUACAUUUUUACCUUAUACAUAGUAAUUUAUACGUUAUAAAUAUUAAGUAUCGAGCGUGAUAAAGAGUUAGACUCGGUUCGUUCUUUUUUAUCGUAUACACAUAACUGACAUUCUACGCUCCGUGUGCGGUGUAGAGCUCGGCGUUCGAUUUGUAAAUCGUUGAAUAAUAAUAAAUAAGUGAGAGCCCGACGAAAACAUGAGUUCCGCGAACAGUGCCAACAAUGCCAGCAAGGAGGCGGCAUCGUCCGAGAAGCCCCAAGAGACUGGCGGCAACGUGCAAACGAUAGCCCAGAACUUGACUGCCAUGACCGUGCACAGUCUCCAGAGCGUCCAGGGUACCGUCUCGGCUGGUGGCAUCGUCGGCAAGACCCUCUCGCUGGAUCUCAACAAUUCCAAGCUGCUCAUGAAGCCCGCGAAUAACGUCGUCGGCUCGAGCUCCGACUCAAAAAUCACGAGCACGUUUUGUCCAGUGCCUGGUCAAACAGUUAGAAUUAUAGCACCUACUAUGAUAAACGUGGAGCGACAAGCUCAAACUCAACUGCAGCAAGGUGGUCAAACGACUCAACAAAUUGUCACUAGUAUUCCAUCAACUUUUCAUGUUCCUCGAGGACCAGCAGCAGUAGCAAACAUAUCUACACCCAGAGCCACUGUUGCGACACCUCUAAGGACUUUGUCGCAACCAAUAUCAAUCAGUAGACCUGGUACAGUGAAAUUGACUCCAUUCCAAGGAUACCCAGCACGUAUUUCUGCAGUUGAUUUUAGUAAACCGAAGAUUGUUAACGUAGAUCGGACAAAUACAACGGUUUCAAAUACAGUUCAGUGGCAGCCCAAGGGUUCUGUUGUAUAUGCAGCACCUCAAAGAACGGAUACCGGACCACGACAUACAGUUCCUGUAGUCAGUCGUCAAGGCACGCGUCCAGCUGUUUUCACUGCAAUUGCUCAGCAAACGUCCCAGCCACAAGCACAAUCUAUGACCCCUCAGAUUCAAACCCAACCUACUCCAUCUCAACCGCGCUUGAUAAAUCAAACUCAAGUGUCUAUGGGUGGGCCAAUUCAAAGAACUGUUGUUACUAGUAUACCAACAAAAUUAGUGACACCAGUGUUGCAACCAACAAGAUUACCAACACCUCCUACUAGACCGCCGACUCCACAAGUUAUAACAAAUGUAUCUGCUCCAACCAGAAAUAUUCAGACAAACCAAGUAGGACGAACAGCAGGUGGCUCCACCAUUAACCGUAUAGCGGUGGCAACUUCGGUCAUCGGCGCUCCAAACCGCGUGGUCGUUACCACAGUUCAAACCAACGUGCCGAGACAGUUAACCAUAAACACUGCGCCAGGCACCACCAGCUCAGUCAGUCGAAUCUUCGUGCCACAAGCAUCACAACAGACACAGCAGCAACCACAAUCUCAACAACAAAGUGGCACCAGAAUCGUUCAAGCAGUGGCACCGUUGGCUAACUUUAGCCAAGUAUCGCGAGUCAUUGCCACGACAUCAACGAGCGUGGGCGCACCGGGAAAUGUCACGCGCGUAGCUCAGACGGGACCUGCCUCGGUCGCACGCAUCACCGGCAUGUCGCUGCACCAGAUGCCGCUCGCGCCCACGCGCACCCCGCUCAAAGUCACGACCCAGGGAGGCACACAGACUCUGCAAACCGUCCAAUUGAAAACGGCGAACGUGGCGAUGCAGCCGCAGACCCAAGUGCAAGUCCAGGUAUCGCAGCAGUCGCAACCGCAACAGCAGCAUCAAUCGGCCAUGGGUUCGAGGUCCAUGGGUGGUAGUUCCGGUGUCGUUGUCACGACGGUCGCGCAAACCGGUCAACAACAACAAUCGGGACAAACGCAAUACGUGCAAUCUUCACCGCAUCCGACCACCUAUUUCUCUAUCGAACCCUCAGGAGCGUACUCGCCGUAUCGUCAAUCAUCCGUACAGCCCGUGAGAUUAGUCGUAGAUCAAGGUUACGAAGAACCACUCACAAAGACAAAUGCAUCACCGAGGCCCAGCAUACUUAGGAAGCGAGAUAUCGACACGAGUUUGGCGCCGAAAGGAGCAGCGAAAAAUCUAGUUCCAGUUUUGGCGUCUCUUCCAUCCGCGUCGAAUGCACCGAGCCCGCCUUCCUCGCCGAAGUGCGAUCGCGAUAAUGGAAAUCAGAGUACGGGGUCUACUACUGAAUCUGCCACGUCGUCACCUGGUCCAGACGAUGAGCCCGAAAGGUCGCGUAUCAUCAUCAAUCCUCAAGUGGAAAUGUCGCCCAGGAAGAAACCGCGUAAACAACAAUUAGCCGGCGUCGAAUUGACGGAAUCGCGCUGUCACGUUGAAGAUAUGCAGUUUAUUACCGAAGAAAAAAUUCACAGGAAAGAAGUCAAAGAGGAACCUAGAGAGAAACAAGCGGAGAAACGCUCAAACUCUCAUUUAGACUCGAAGACGCCACAGACGCCGACGAGUAAACCAAAAUAUACUCGGAUAAGUAUGCUAGAGGGUGUAGCCUGGAAGGAUAAGUGGGGAAAACGAUUUAAUCAUUUCAAACGUCAUAGCGAUGUGCGAGCAAAAGAGGAGAAAAAACCUACGGUUUCUGAUAUAGCUCAACAAAAACAGGUUUUACAAAGAGUUCACGGUUGGAAACUGUAUCACUUGAAAACCCAAAUGGAAGAAAUGGCCGAAGUAGAAAAAUCGGUUUUUGAUAAAUUGAAAGCUACUUUGGCGGUAUUAGAAUCUCAACAGACGAAAGGGAAAAAAGACGAUGGCUUAGAAAAAGCCAUGGAGCUAAUUAAAGGAAAUACACAAAGAAGUAAUUUAAUAAACGAAGGCCUGUCUGAUGCCCGCAAACAACUUACUACCAUACUUGGACAUAAGGAUAACGUAGCAGAAUUAUUACAAAGAUGUGGCAAUAAAAGGCCACAGAAAAAAAGAGAUAAUAAAUAAAUGUGAGAAAUCAAAUUUAAUGUAAGAGAGUUUAUUAAAUGUGCGUGUUCAUCGAGAAUGUUAUUUUUAUUAAAAAUUAUAUAAGAACUAAAAUAAAAAAUUCUGAAACUUGAAA